GGCCGCUGGGUCAGUGCGGGGAAACCGAAAGUGGGCGGCGCCCGCGGCUGUGGCCCUGGCUGAGACGGCGGCGGGAGCUGGACCCAGGAGCGCGGGGACGGGCCAUCGGCCCCCGGAACUAGGUGAAGAUGCUGGAAGCAGAUCUGGUUUCGAAGAUGCUGCGGGCUGUUCUGCAGUCUCAUAAGAAUGGAAUCGCACUCCCCCGGCUCCAAGGAGAGUACAGAUCCUUGACUGGAGACUGGAUCCCGUUCAAGCAGCUGGGUUACCCUACGCUAGAAGCCUACCUGAGAAGUGUGCCAGCAGUUGUCAGGAUAGAGAUUAGUAGAUCUGGAGAGAUAACCUGCUAUGCUGUGGCGUGCACAGAAACUGCGAGAAUUGCCCAACUUGUGGCUCGCCAGAGGAGUUCUAAAAGGAAAGUGGGGAGGCAAGUUAAUUGCCAGAUGAGAGUGAAGAAAACCAUGCCGUUUUUUCUAGAAGGAAAACCAAAAGCAACGCUCAGACAACCAGGAUUUUCUUCAGAUUUUUCUGUCAACAAGAAGCCUCCUCCAGCACUGUUAAGAGAUAAAGGAAACUCUCUUGGAGUUAAGUCUGGUGCCGAAAUGCCACCUUAUACAGUACACACGACUCUUGGAAGCGAAGUAGUGAAAAAUGUUCCCACGCAGAGACACGUGACCUUGUCUCCCAACAGCAGGUUUAGUCCAAAGGCAUCUCUUCCACCAGCUUUUCAGAUGCAUCUAUCAAGACCCAGUAGUAAGGAAAUGAACGAUAAUUUAAAUCAGACUGUUGAAAAACCAAAUGUCACGCCUCCUGCCUCUUACAUUUAUAAACUGGAUGAGGUUCAAAAUCGCAUAAAGGAAAUACUAGACAAGCAUAACAAUGGCAUUUGGAUAUCUAAGCUUCCACAUUUUUACAAAGAGUUAUAUAAAGAAGAACUUAAUCAAGGAAUUUUACAACAAUUUGAACACUGGCCUCAUAUUUGCACGGUGGAAAAACCAUGCAGUGGUGGUCAAGAUUUACUUCUUUAUCCAGCUAAGAGAACACAGCUUUCAGGAAGUGAACUGGACAAUGAAAAAGUGCCUCCAUCCUCACUACCUGCUCCAAAACAAACACCAACAUUAAAAGGGUGUCCAGCAGUUAUGCCAGAAGACUUCAAAGAGAAAGUUGCAGAGCUGCUGGAGAAAUACUCAAAUGGGCUUUGGGCCAGUGCACUCCCGAAAGCAUUUGAGGAUAUGUAUAAAAUGAAAUUCCCUAAGGAUGCCUUAAAAAAUCUUGCGUCACUUUCUGAUGUAUGCACCAUAGACUACAUUUCUGCAAAUCCCCAGAAAGCCAUUCUCUAUGCUAAACUUCCAGUGCCCGCUGAUAAAAUCCUCAAUGACGCAGUGCAAGCACAGGGUGAUUGUGAUAUCAAGUCUAUGAUUGAACAAGAAUAUUUGCAGAUAGAAGGAAGCAUUGCUGAAAGAGGUGAUACCUUAAUGGAGUAUGUAACAGUUCCUCCUUUAAUCAUUCCAACCGAGGCAUCCCCAUCUGUGCUGGUGGUGGAACUGAGCAACACAAAUGAAGUGGUUAUCAGGUAUGUGGGAAAAGACUAUUCUGCUGCUCAAGAAUUAAUGGAAGAUGAGAUGAAGGAAUACUACAGUAAGAACCCUAAGGUUGCACCAGUUCAGGCUGUACACAUUGGGCAUUUGCUGGCAGUAAAUGCCGAAGAAGACGCUUGGUUACGGGCACAGAUCAUCUCAGCAGAGGACAACAAAAUAAAGGUAUGCUAUGUUGACUAUGGUUUUAGUGAAAAUAUUGAAAAGAGCAAAGCAUACAGAUUGAAUCCUAAGUUCUGUUCACUCCCAUUUCAGGCUACAAAGUGCAAGCUAGCAGGAUUGGAAGUUCUAAGUGAUGACCCUGACUUAGUGAAGGUGGUUGAAUCUUUAACUUGUGGAAAGAUCUUUGCAGUGGAAAUACUCGACAAAGGUGACAUUCCACUUGUUGUUCUGUAUGAUACCUCAGGAGAAGAUGAUAUCAAUAUCAAUGCCACCUGCCUAAAGGCCAUAUGUGACAAGUCGCUAGAAGUUCACCUUCAGGUGGAUGCCAUGUACACAAGUGUCAAAGUGACCAAUAUUUGCUCUGAUGGAACACUGUACUGCCAGGUGCCUUGUAAGGGUCUGAACAAACUCAACGACCUUCUACAUAAGAUAGAGGACUACUUCCAUUGUAAGCACAUGACCUCCGAAUACUUCAUUUCAUUACCCUUCUGUGGGAAAAUCUGCCUCUUCCAUUGCAAAGGAAAAUGGUCACGAGUAGAGAUCACAAACGUUCACAGUAGCCGGGCUCUCGAUGUUCAGUUCCUGGACUCUGGUACCGUAACAUCUGUGAAGGUGUCAGAGCUCCGGGAAAUCCCACCGCGGUUCCUCCAAGAAAUGAUUGCCAUACCACCGCAGGCUAUAAAGUGCUGUUUAGCAGAUCUUCCACAGUCUAUUGGCAUGUGGACACCAGAUGCUGUGCUUUGGCUAAGAGACUCUGUUUUGAAUUGCUCGGACUGUAGCAUAAAGGUUACAAAAGUGGAUGAAAUCAAAGGGAUUACAUAUAUUUAUUUAUUUACCCCUAAGAAUUUCCCUGAUCCUCACCGCAGUAUUAAUCGCCAGAUUACGAACGCAGACUUGUGGAAGCAUCAGAAGGAUGUGUUUCUGAGUGCCAUAUCCAGUGGAGCGGGCUCUCCCAACAGCAAAAAUGGCAACACCCCUGUGUCAGGCAGUACUGGAGAGGGUUUCAGAAAGAGCCUCAGUGAUACCAUCAAAAAGUCCGUGGUGGACCAGCCCAGCCCUUCCUCCGAGGAAGAACUGCCACCUCCUGUCCAGUUGUCGAAACCAGGGGAACACAUGGAUGUGUACGUGCCUGUGGCCUGUCACCCAGGGUACUUUGUCAUCCAGCCUUGGCAAGAGAUACAUAAGUUGGAAGUUCUGAUGGAGGAGAUGAUUCUAUAUUACAGUGUGUCUGAAGAACGCCACGUAGCCCUGGAAAAAGACCAAGUGUAUGCUGCCAAAGUGGAAAAUAAGUGGCACAGAGUGCUUUUAAAAGGAGUCUUGACCAAUGGACUGGUAUCCGUUUAUGAGCUGGACUACGGCAAGCACGAAUUAGUCAACAUAAGAAAAGUACAGCCCCUAGUGGACAUAUUCCGAAAGCUGCCCUUCCAAGCAGUCACAGCUCAGCUCGCAGGAGUGAAGUGCAGCCAGUGGUCUGAGGAGGCUUCGAUGGUAUUUCGAAAUCACGUGGAGAAGAAACCUCUGGUGGCACUGGUGCAGACGGUUAUUGAAAACACUAACCCUUGGGACCGGAAAGUCGUGGUCUAUUUAGUGGACACAUCGCUGCCAGACACUGAUAUCUGGAUUCACGACUUCAUGUCAGAGUAUCUGGUAGAGCUUUCAAAAGUUAAUUAAGCGCUGCUUUCUGAGAGCUUAACAACUAAUUCAGAUUUUUUUAGCAAUAACGAAAUGUAGUAGGCUUAAAAAAAAUCUUAUCUCCGCUGUAUGGCUCUGAUGCUUGUUUGUGGGGGAUUGAAGAGAAUAUGCUUAUGUUUAAUGAAAGAUAUUUAAUAACAAGUUUUGUUUUAACAGAGUUGGCUUUUCAAAGAAAAUUGCUCUUGAAUUAUUACUGUAAUAUUAGAAUAAAAAUGUUUAUCAGUGUAAAAACUGGCUCCCUCG